UAAACCCUCUUCCCCAAGUCUUUCAGUUUUUCUUACAAAUCCCACAGUUCAACGCUUCUCACAAAGACCGAUUUCUGUCAGACUCUGUAGUAAACUAAAACCACACCAAGAUUCUUGUGAUGAAAACAGCACACGCAUACAUAAAUAUGCGAGCCGAAUGAUCCAGAGAUCAUCUCUCCCUUCAUUGGCGUCAGUCGAAACCCUUUUGAAGCUCUGCAAAUCUGAGGUCCAGCUUCGUCAAAUCCAUGCCAGAAUCAUCCGUAAAGGUCUUGAGCAAGACCAGAACCUCGUCUCCAUCUUCCUCUCGUCGUCUUCUUCCUCUCUUCCUUACUCUUCCUCUGUUUUCGAGCGUGUUCUUCACCCUUGCACUCAUCUCUGGAACUGCUUUAUCAGAGGAUACUCUAGUAGGUUUUUCUUCUUUGACACGGUUUCGCUUCUUGUCCGUAUGAUGAGAGCAGGCUUGGCUCGACCCGAUGAGUAUACGUUCCCUUUGGUUAUGAAAGUUUGUGCUAACAAUGGGCAGGUUCGUGUUGGUUCUUCGGUUCAUGGGUUGGUUCUGAGAAAUGGGUUUGAUAAAGAUGUGGUCUUGGCCACCAGUUUUGUUGAUUUCUAUGGUAAAUGUAAGGAUUUAGUGAGCGCACGCAAGGUGUUUGGUGAAAUGCCUGAGAGAAAUGCAGUUUCUUGGACAGCUUUGAUUGUUGCGUGUGUGAAAUCCGGUGAGUUAGAGGAAGCAAAGAAGAUGUUCAAUGUUAUGCCUGAGCGUAAUCUUGGUUCCUGGAAUGCUUUGAUCGAUGGCUUUGUCAAGUCCGGAGAUUUGGUGAAUGCUAAGAAGUUGUUUGAUGAAAUGCCUAAGAAAGACAUAAUUUCAUAUACCUCCAUGAUUGAUGGAUAUGCAAAAGAUGGUGAUAUGGGUUCCGCCCGGAUUUUGUUUGAGCAAGCGAGUGAUGUUGAUGUUAGGGCAUGGUCAGCUUUGAUAACGGGUUACGCGCAGAACGGCCAGCCAGACGAGGCGGUGAAGAUGUUUUACGAAAUGUGUGAGAAGAAUGUCCAACCUGAUGUGUUUAUAAUGGUGAGUUUGAUGUCAGCUUGUUCCCAGAUGGGUAGCUUUGAAUUAUGUGAACAGGUUGAUUCUUAUCUGCACCAAAGCAUGGUGAACAGAUUUUCUAGUCAUUAUGUUACACCUGCUUUGAUAGAUAUGAAUGCCAAAUGCGGCCACAUGGACAGAGCCGCUAGAUUGUUCGAAGAGAUGCCUCAACGUGAUCUUGUCUCGUAUUGUUCGAUGAUGGAAGGAAUGGGUAUUCAUGGGUGUGGAGGCGAAGCUGUUCGGCUGUUUGAGAGAAUGGUAGAGGAAGGUAUUGUUCCCGAUAGUGUUGCCUUCACAGUAAUAUUGAAAGUUUGUAGCCAAGCUAAGCUUGUUGAGGAUGGCUUAAGGUAUUUCGAGUUGAUGCAAAAGGAAUAUUGUAUUGUUGCAUCUUCUGAUCACUAUUCCUGUGUUGUGAGUCUUCUUAGCCGAUCAGGAAAGCUUAAAGAGGCCUUUGAGCUUAUUAAAGUCAUGCCUGUGGAACCUCAUGCUAGUGCCUGGGGUUCGGUUUUGGGUGGUUGUAGUGUGUAUGGAGAUUCUGAGAUAGCAGAAGUAGUUGCAAAGCGGCUCUUUGAGCUUGAACCGCAGAGUGCUGGCAACUAUGUGCUUUUGUCAAACAUGUAUGCAGCUUUAGACCGGUGGGCAGAUGUCGCUCAUGUUAGGGAUAAGAUGAAGGAGAAUGGCAUCCAAAAGAUUGCUGGUCGAAGUUGGAUAGGUCGAUAACCACCUACUUGUCAUCUAACUCGUGUCAAUGGAAGUCUUUGCAUAACUUAAACAAGACAUUCUAGCAAAAGGACCUAAAGUAGUUCUAUCGUUAUAGCUUUAUUGAUUGUAAAUUUGUUUCACUUCUUUUGAUGAAGUCAUUUACUAAAACAGAACCCGCCUAAGACAUCACUGCGUC